AUGCCACCUGUUUUACCAGGUACCCUUCCAUCCCUGACUGAGGGAGAGGUGAUAAGGCAGGCUUGUCGAAUCGGAGUCGGUGACUGUGAAGGAAACUGUUGGGACAUCAAGGUACAGAGCUGCGUCCGUGAUGGGGAGUCCUAUUACGUCUACCUGCUGCCCCCCACACCGGGCUGUCCAGAGGCGUACUGUGCAGGUACCGAAGUGUCUUGCCCAGCUGGACAGAGUUCAGAAAACUACGGUUUUACUCCGGGAUGUACAGCCAACUUCCCCAAGAUAACAACCAACCCACAGCUGACCAACAGCACUAUGGGUCAGCCGCUUGAAGUUGUAAUGCUGUGCGACUUCGACCGUCCCCCAUGGGACAACCUGACCAUGGAAGUCAACUGGGUUGCCGGCAAUGAGAUUUUCCACCAGACCAGUUUGUAUAACGGAGAGCAACAGGCCGUACUGCGUCAGACAGAGCUGAGGCAGGGAAUGGGGAAAACAAUCACAUGCCAAGUCCGGGGAAGAUUUAAAGGUGGAGGAGCUCCUGGUGCCACAGAAGUCAGCAAUGGAUUCUUUGUCGGAAUUAAGAUACUGACAGAGAUCGUUGAGCUUGACGAAAACGGCGAUGAAAAGUACAUCCAGCUCCAACCUACCCUGCCUCUACUCUGCCGCUUCCCUGAGUCCAUCAUCCCCUGCACUAUGUCGGUGCAAGUCGAGUUCAAAGACGUCGACUACUCAGCCGAUCGCAAGUGCCAAGGUAAUACAGUGCCCGAUGUACAAUCAAGUCAAAACUGUGUGAGGGAUUUCACUACGGACGAUUGGAACGGAAUCCUUGAAUUCCCGGUGAAGGCAACCCGCGACUUCCAGAUAGACGGUAGAAGUGACGGUCUGAGAUAUUUGAAAGUCGGGUUUCGUCCCUUGUCAUCUGUGAUAGCCCCGCUGUGGGAUGGCUAUCAAGUGGAGGAUGUUGACGUCCUCACCAAAAAUGAAGACAUUGGAGGCACUGUGUGCUCAUCUACAGGUGAUCCACACUACAGGACAUUUGACGGAAAGAGGUUCCAUGUGUAUCGGCCAGGAACGUUCGUGCUUUACAGGCAUCGCGCUCUUCCCAUCGAGGUGCAGACUCGGAUGAAGAUGUGCCAUGCUGGAAACGUGGCCUGUAACUGCGGUGUGGCCAUCAGAUCCGGAAAUGAAGUCUUCAUCGUGAACAAGUGCAGUGGAAGCAGAAACACGUUCCAGUGGCACACAGGCAACAUAGUCCAAUACGAGCUUCCAUUGGGUGUGCGGGUGGACCAUCAUGGGCCUGUUGGCGAGGACACACGUCUCUACAUUGCAAAUGGGGGAGGACAGUAUUUGGUUUAUUUUCCAACUGGGUCGUGGAUGAAGAUCGAUGUGCGGGGCUAUUAUUUGAACAUCUACAUCUACGCUUCUACUGACGACUUCAUGGACAAAACGGAAGGACUCUGCGGAACGUUCGACGGCGACAAAGAAAACGACGGGCUCCAUAAAGGCACGACAGCAACAGACACCAUAGCUGAUGGAGCUGUCAUCACCUACACUGCAUUCGUGAACAGCUGGAAGCUUCAAGAGGGUCGAACCCUAGUCGAAGGACUACUUCCUCCAGCACCUCUUCCUCUGGAUGAACGUCUCUACUGUACGUGUAAGGACGACCCAGGCAUUGGGCAAACAGUCGUCUGUGACUCCACCCUUGCCUACAACUGCCGAUGGAAAGAUGAAGUGGGCCAGGCUGGAGUUAACCCUGUUGCUGACCGGCAGCACGCGCGCAAGCGGCGGAGCACCAGUUACAACGACGAGGUGUACGACGACGACAUGUUCGCAUUUGACUUUGACGAUUCGCCGCCAAUAGUUCCUCCGCCUUCCUGGCCAGCACCAAACGGAAUGACCGAAGCCGAGGCCAGGGCGUACUGUGAGGACGCGGUGCUGAACUCACCUGCAGGGGCGUUGUGUUCGGCAGCAAUGGCGGAUUCGUCAGACAUGGAGGGAACUGUGGAAGGCUGUGUUGCGGAUAUCCAGGCAACAGGAGACACUUCCUGGGCGGAAGUCGCCGUCACCACAAUGGAGGAAAGUUGUUCAGACAUCCUUUAUAAAAACACGACCUUCUGGACGUUCAACAACGAGACGAACAACGGCACGACUAACGGUACCCUCGCGGCCCCGUCCUUUUUCUUUGAAACAGUUUCAAUGUCCCAGCAAUUGUAGCCAGCGAGGCGUCUGUGUGAAGGGCAGGUGUGUGUGUGAGAAGGGUUUUGAGGGUCCGUCCUGCUCCAUAGAAUCAGACAAACCACCAGACGUGUUCUUCAUCCCGAAGGAAGGUCUGUGUGACAUCAACACCCGGCCGUGCGAACGGACCCCCGUCAUCGGACAGAACUUCCUGGAGUCCGAAAACUUAACGUGUUCCCUACAGCCGGC